GGCGACGUAGGCGCCAGCUGGUUAGACUCGACUCGUUGUCUAGCGAUAUGCGUUGGACCAAUAGCGUGGGACCACGAACGCGAUGGCGCGUCGCACUCGGGCCGCGGAUGAGUUUGGCGAGGACGACGACGGCAGUGGCGGAGCACACGAUCGAGGACGGCUCCGUUGUUAUCGUGCAUGUCUCGUGGUUUCCCUGUGUUGGACUCGAUUGGAGGCGCUACGAGGUCGAGCCCGUCUCUUAGGGGCUGGUGAUUUUAAGUGACGCGAGAGAGCUUGGCUAUCGAGCGAUCGAGGAAGAGGGAAGACUGCCACGGGGCCUCGUCGUCAUGUAUCGUUGCGGACUGCUGCUCGUCCUGCUAAACUUUAGUCACGAUGUGACCGCCAGUACGUCCAAGGGAUUGGAUAAGCUGCUGGAACUAGGCACGGAUUUCUUGUCGUCCGGUCGAUAUCAGGAUGCCUUGUCGUCCUUUCACGAGGCCGUUGAGGGUGAUCCUAACAAUUACUUGACCUACUAUAAGAGAGGAACCGUUUAUUUGGCCUUGGGGAAGGCUAAGCAAGCGCUGUCUGAUUUCGAUAGGGUCUUGGACCUGAAGCCAGAUUUUACUGUCGCGAGGAUUCAGCGUGGCCAGGUGCACUUGAAGCACGGAGAGCUAGAGCUCGCGGAAGACGAUUUUACAAAUGCCCUUGUUGUAUACCCUGAUCACGAGGAUGCUUCUAACGGUAUUCAUAGACUAAGAUUAGCUAGAGAGCAAAUAAAUUCUGCGAAAGAAUUGUAUAGAAGCGGCGACUACGAAUUGACAAUAUCACUCUUAACGCAAGUCAUUGAGAUAUGUUCGUGGUCGGCAGAUCUUAGAAAAUUAAGGGCUAAAUGCCGAAUACAAACAAAAGACUAUGCUGGGGCAGUGUCGGAUAUCAGAUCUACAACAAAGCUUACUGCGGAUAAUACAGAAGGGUAUUAUGAAUUAGCAAAUAUAUUAUAUCAACUUGGACAAGUUCAGGAUUCUUUAAAGGAAAUUAGAGAAUGUUUAAAAUUAGAUCCGGAACAUAGCAAAUGUUUUCCAUUUUACAAGAAAGUUAAGAAAUUAGCAAAAUUUAUGGAAGAUGCGGAAGCAGCUGUGGAAUCAAAUGACUUACAAACUUGUAUUGAAAAAUCAAAUCGUAUACUUAAGCAAGAAUUGUCUAUAGAUAAUGUGAGGAUAACUGCAUUACGGUUACUUUGUAAAUGUCAUACUGCCAGUUCAGAUCAGGAAUUGGCUAUAAAAAAUUGUCAGGCAGUAUUAGAGAUUCAACGAGAUCCUGAAACUUUAUGCGAUAGCGCUGAGGCAUAUUUGGCAAGUGAUAUGUUCGACGAUGCUAUACAGGACUAUAAGGAUGCAUUGGAGAUCGAUGCACAAUUUCAGCGCGCAAAGCAGGGCUUGCAAAAAGCUCAGCAGCGACAGAAGGUAUCAGAGGCACGAGACUAUUACAAAAUUCUAAAUGUUCCGCGAACAGCAAAGAAGCAACAAAUCAUCAAGGCGUACAGGAAAGCUGCGCAAAAGUGGCAUCCUGACAAUUUCCCAGAUGAGGACGAGAAAAAACGUGCUCAGAAAAUGUUUAUUGACAUAGCGGCUGCGAAGGAAGUUCUUACGGACGAUGAGAAGCGUGCCAAGUUUGAUCGUGGCGAGGAUCCGCUUGAUCCUGAGUCCGGCAAGCAGGGCCACGGCUUUAAUCCCUUCCACGAGUUUCACCACUUCCAGGGUUCGCCCUUCCAAUUCAAGUUCCACUUUAAUUAAAAACUCUGGUGAUUUUAUUUUUUUCAAACUACAGUAACAUUAUUUCAUAUACAUUUUCAAUAUUACGAAAAUUCAAAAGGAGCUGCUCCUGCUAGGAGUGAAAAAUUGCUUUGUAAAAGUUUUCAUCGACAUCGAUAUUUUUAUUUAAAAAGUGAUCUUGAUAUCUUGGUAAUCUUGAGUUCUGAUUGAAAGUUCCUGUUCAUUAUCGAUUUGCAAAAUACCGCUUCAGAAUAUUUAUUUAUAUUUGUAUUUAAUAUACUAUGUGAUUAUAAUCAUAAAAUCAGAACAGUAAAAAAAUGUGCGGAUGUAAGAAACUUUACUUUUUAUAAUUUGUGCAAGAGAAAUAUUUCCUUAAUUUUUGUUUAGCCGCAUAGUAAUGUAGAAAAAGGUUUUAUCUAGUUAGGUUUAUUAAAUAGCUCGUCAAAUCUGCGAUUUCGUAUAAUUUUAACAUUUUUAAUUGUUGAAAUUGACAUAAUAUUUUAAUAGUUAACAUCGUUAUUAGAAAUAUGCAAAUUUCAUUGCAACUUUAUACAUUUACAUAAUACAGCUUUUCAGAAAAUGUUAACAGAAAUCACAUUAUAAAGGGUUUUAAAUUUAGUGUAUGAAAUCAUACUGAGGUUUGACACAAUUCGAUAUUUUCUUUAUAAGAACAAUAAAAUUUAUUAAAUCU